GACCUACUUAAGGUGUGAGUCUCCUAUAUAGUAAGAUCACAAGGUGUAUAUGGUUAUAAUCAUACCAUGUAGAAGAGACAAGAACACAAGAGAAGAUUUUAAGAAGAAAACCGGGCAUAAACUGAGUAAAGCCAAGCAGAGGAGAAAUAGAAGAAGAAACAGAAAACUGAAGAAUGACAGUAAAUCUCUGGAGAAAAGGCCAGCUGAUGCUUUAAAUCAUCUUGCACCAGAGGACCAGGACACAUCAGAGAGUGAAGAGGACGACUCAGAAGAAGAGAGUAAAGUUGGAGACCCGGGACAGACUUUAGUAGUUUCUGAAAAUCACUGCAGCUGGGUAAGGAACUUAUCCCGAAAACCUGAUCUGGAACAAGAAGCCUUCCCCCAUAUCUUCUCGGAGAUUUCGGUAGCACUCUCAGGACCAACAAAGAGUCAUUCACUUGGAGAAAGCAGUAAUCUGUUUCUUGUAAAUAUGACCUCUAGCCAGAGUGAAAACUCAUAUAAUCAUGCAUUUGAGCAACGGAUAAUGGAUCAGAACCCCAAUCUUAUAGGAAACCAACCUAAUUCCCGUAGAGGGAAUGAUUGGCACUGUGGUAAGAAGGCAGAAAACUGUAUUGAAGUGAGUCACACAAUGGUGUUAGGCAUUUGCGACAGAUUUGUUUCUGCUAAGACAACAUGUGUACUCAAGGAGGAAAGUGCCAUAAUUAGUGAAAAUCACAAGCAAAAGGAAGCCUUGUCUAAUCAUCGUAGCUGUGUCGUUUCAGAUAGUUUUAAAGGUGAACAUAAAUCUAGUCCAAAUAAAACAAACAGCUGGGCCUUUUUCUCAACUUGUUCAUCGGAUGAACGAAUGCAGUUGGGCUCUGGAAGAAAUGCCCUACUGGGGAGCUGGCCAGAGGGUCCUCACAAGUUCGUCUGUGAGCAGAGACAAAGGAAAGGCAGACAGCCCAAAGGAGCCUGUUCAGACAGCACCGUGGGACGGAUUGAAUUGGUCUGCCAAUCGAAAGCAGCAGAAGGAACCACUCCACAAACACCGAGAGAGAAUGACUGCCAUUUAUGGGAGGAAGAUCUGUCGUUACCCAAUACUGAAAAGACACAUACGAUUCCAGUCAUCGAAACAGGAGGGGAUGUUCUCAAAAACCACUUUGCUCUGCAGGCGCCGACACCAGUUGCGACAGAGAAAAAAGGGAGGCCCAGAAGGAUUUUCAACCUGGCUCCAAACUUUCAUCUCCCUAGACUGACUGCAAUUCUUAUAAAAGAGAGGGACAAGGAUACACUCUUAGCCAACAGCCACUGGUUGGAAAAUAUUGCGGAAACAGAAAAGAGCAGUCUUCCCGAGGUGGACCAUGAAAAGGGGAAUAAGCAAGGACCCUUAGUAGCCUAUAAUCAGCCAUCCCAAUAUUAUCAUGAUCCGCUUGAAAUUGCUUCAUCUUGCUCUGGUGUCAAACCUCAUUCUCACAGUAUCUUGCUGAGACCUCCCGGGUGUCUUUCUGAGCAAUUUCUUCCUCCAGUGCUGCACUAUACCUCUAGUUUAUUGAAGGUUUCUUUCACUGGUGAGAAACAACUUCUGCCCUUUAAGCUGCAGGCCUUAGGGGGUAAUAAAGAGAAUGGAAGAGAACUAACUUCUGCAGAGAUUUCCAAGAGUGAGCCUGAUAUUUUGUCCUCAGUUAGAGUCACAUCUGAGUAUCCUACUCACUUUAAUUUCUUUGCUGGAGGUUUGAGUGAAAAGCUGCCCAAGAGGAACAAGCCAGAGCCAUUGCAAUGUUUACAAAUGGAAGACAAUCAAGAUUCGAUAAACCCUACACCCAAUUCCAUUGCCCUACCCUUAUCCCUGGGAUUUGCUCUCCAACUUGUAGAGCUGUUUGGAUCUCCCGGAGUUCCCGUAGAGUCGUUGCUGCCAGAUGACUUCAUAGUUCCCCUUGACUGGAAAACCCUGAAGAUGAUCCAUUUGCAGUGGAAGAAUUCAGUAGAGGAGCGGCAGAAAAAGAUUAGCCAACAGAGCAAGAAGUCCUUAAUUUCUGAUGUUUCCAGCCUCCGGGCUACAGAUAAACCUGACCACCAGGAGGAACAGGAAUAUUCCAAAAGGAGCUUGCCAAAAGGGGACAGAGAGGACAGUUUUCAGGCGAAUACUGGUGCUGACUGGGUUUCCAUGUCAAACCAAUCAUAAUGGACGAUCUAUAGAAAGACUUGCAUCCCGAAAGAAGAUCUGUCUCAUUUUCGGCACCUCCCAGAAAGGAAGGACCCGAAAAGGCCUCGGUUUCCAACUAAGGGGAAAAUGGAUUGGCAGGAUUGAAUUCGAACCCCUGGUCCUUUUGACAGUCUCCUUUUUGCUCUGAUUCCUCUGCCUCAACUUCCCUGUUUCUCCUUCCUGUUAAGCAAUAAAAAGCAAAAGAAAAUGG